AUGUCUCACGAGGAGGAUCUCAUUGACUACUCCGAUGAGGAGCUUCAGACCACUGAUGCCGCAGCCACCACUGCCGCCCCCUCCGCUAACGGGGGCCAGGCUAAGAAGGACGGCGAACUGACGGUCACCGGUGGCCGUGCCGACAAGAAGGGAAGUUAUGUUGGUAUUCAUUCGACCGGUUUCCGCGACUUUUUGCUCAAGGGCGAACUUUUACGUGCCAUCACCGACUGCGGUUUCGAACAUCCUUCGGAGGUCCAGCAAGUCUGCAUUCCGACUGCUAUCCUCAACGUUGAUGUUCUCUGCCAGGCCAAGUCUGGUCUCGGUAAAACCGCUGUUUUCGUCCUCACCACCCUUCACCAGCUGGAGCCUGUUCCUGGAGAGGCCUCCGUCUUGGUUAUGUGCCACACUCGCGAGCUGGCCUACCAGAUCAAGAACGAGUACGCUCGAUUCAGCAAGUACCUUCCUGAUGUGAAGACUGCUGUCUUCUACGGUGGUACUCCCAUCCAGAAGGACAUUGAGGUCCUAUCGAACAAGGACACCAUGCCGAAUAUCAUCGUCGGUACUCCCGGUCGUCUCAACGCGCUCGUCCGCGACAAGAAGCUUUCUCUCCGCAACGUCAAAGCUUUCGUUCUCGACGAGUGUGACAAGAUGCUUGACCAGAUUGACAUGCGCCGCGAUGUCCAGGAGAUCUUCCGUGCCACCCCCACCGACAAGCAAGUCAUGAUGUUCAGUGCCACUCUCUCGCAGGAGGUCCGACCUAUCUGCAAGAAGUUCAUGAGGAACCCGCUCGAAGUUUACGUCGACGAUGACACCAAGCUUACCCUUCACGGUCUCCAGCAAUACUACAUCAAACUCAGCGAGGCUGAGAAGAACAGGAAGCUGAACGAGCUUCUUGACAGCCUUGAGUUCAACCAAGUCAUUAUCUUCGUGAAGAGCACAAUCCGUGCCAACGAGCUCGACAAGUUACUGCGCGAGUGUAACUUCCCCAGUAUCGCUGUGCACUCAGGUGUCAGCCAAGAGGAGCGUAUCAAACGCUACAAGGAGUUCAAGGAGUUCAACAAGCGUAUCUGUGUCGCCACUGACGUUUUCGGACGUGGUAUCGAUAUUGAGCGUAUCAACCUUGCCAUCAACUACGACCUGCCCGCUGAUGCCGACUCCUACCUGCACCGCGUUGGUCGUGCCGGUCGUUUCGGUACCAAGGGUCUCUCUAUCUCGUUCGUCAGCACCGAGGAUGAUGAGAAGGUCCUGAAGGACAUCGAGAAGCGUUUCGAAGUUGCUCUUCCUGAGUACCCUGAGGAGGGCGUUGACUCCAGCACCUACAUGGCUUAG